GCCUCUUCCGCUACGUCCUCGGUUUCCUCCUCGUGGGCGCAGCAUGGGGCCUCACAACGCNNUCCUUCAUGCGCCGCGCCGCGGUCGCCUCUUCUGCCUCUCAAACACCCGAAUCUCGUGCCUGGCUUGGCCAUCCCAAUACCCCUUGGCUCAAAGCAAAGGUCUGGGGUGUGCUUUAUGGCGUUUGGGACGUGCUCAGGAAUCCUGCUUAUGCGAUUCCGUUUCUGAUCAAUGUGACGGGAAGUGUGUGGUUUUUCUUGUUGAUUGGGCAGGCUGGUGAUCUUACUGUCCCCAUAACGAAUUCUCUGGCCUUCCUUUUUACCGUCUUGGGUGAGUGGUGGGCGGAGAAGAAGGUCAUCACGAAAGACACUUGGAUAGGCAUGGCACUUGUGCUUGGCGGCAUCGGCCUCUGUGUGCAUUCCAAAAACACU